UAUCAUGGGUAGGGCUGUUCGUAAAGCCGGAAACGUGUGUUGGCCAGAUGUCUACGCCGGUUCAAAUUAUUUUCGAUUUUCUUGCAUUCAUGACACGAGGCAUUCUGUUGGUUCAUAUUUGUCGUUUUUUCGUUCGGUUUACGUUGCAAUGUCAAUGUUGCGGCGGAGGGUUAUGUGGUACUAGCGGCACCUGGUGUACAGGUUAAGUCCCUCAGUUGCUCUGGUGUCACAACAUGACGACCUCGGGAUGCUUAGAUUGUCUUGACCUGGCCGAUUAUAAAUCUGAAGUGAGACUUGUUCUGGUACUACUCAUGACUCGUCACUUCGGGUUUGGGCAGUAACUGUUUGGCCCGCGGAAGCGAAGAUACAUGCUGCGCCUGGGCUCAACAUCCUAGACGAUUAACAACAGACAAAGUCCUUCCACACCACCACCAGCAUGCCACAGAACGAGUAUAUUGAGAGGCACCGAAAGUUGUAUGGUCGCCGGCUCGAUUAUGAAGAGCGUAAGAGGAAGAGGGAAGCUCGUGAGCCUAAGAAGAGGGCAGAGCAGGCCCGCAAGCUACGAGGUAUCAAGGCCAAGCUUUUCAACAAGGAGAGGCGCAAUGAGAAGAUUCAGAUGAAGAAGAAAAUUCAAGCACAUGAAGAGAAAAAGACAAAGAAGACAGAAGAGCAGCCUACAGAUGGAGCACUACCAGUGUACCUUUUGGAUCGUGAUGUCCAAUCCCGGGCCAAGAUUUUGUCGAACAUGAUCAAACAAAAGCGAAAGGAAAAGGCAGGAAAAUGGGAUGUUCCAAUCCCUAAGGUUAAAGCACAAGCAGAUUCAGAAGUGUUUAAGGUGCUUCGCUCUGGAAGAACAAAGCGUAAAGCUUGGAAGAGGAUGGUCACCAAAGUCACUUUCGUUGGAGAAGGGUUUACUCGUAAACCUCCUAAAUUUGAAAGAUUUAUUCGACCAAUGGCACUUAGGUUCAACAAGGCCCACGUCACACACCCAGAGCUUAAAGCUACUUUCCAUGUCCCAAUUAUUGGUGUUAAGAAGAAUCCUAGUUCACCCAUGUACACAUCAUUAGGUGUCAUUACCAAGGGUACUGUUAUUGAAGUUAAUAUUAGUGAAUUGGGUCUUGUAACUCAGGCUGGUAAGGUGGUUUGGGGUAAAUAUGCCCAGGUCACGAAUAACCCUGAAAAUGAUGGAUGUAUUAAUGCUGUCUUAAUUGUUUAAUUUUAGUUCUGUUGAAGCUGGUGUAAGAUUGACUGUACUGAAUCUUAAUUAUAAGGAAGUGACUUGUCAGAUUUCAAUAAAUGUUUUCAACCAA